UUUGUCUUUGGUUUUUCACUGAACGAUCUUUCUUGGCUGGCCGCACUUCACAUGCGCUUCGUGUUAUUUUGGAUUUUUAAUUUAUGUACAUAAUUUUCUAAUUUCUCUUUUGGUGGGGAUUUUAGUCUGCCAUGUCUGAGCGUGGUAGAGGACGAGCUCUGAGGCGUGCCGGGCGCGGCGGGGACGGCGCAGGCCCGCCUCCCCGGCGCCCCGGCGAGCAGCCCGGGCCGCCGCAGCAGCAGCCGGGCCCGCCCGGCCCGCGCCCGCAGCCGCCGUCCGCCUGGGGCCCACCUACCGCAGCGCCCCCAGUACGAGCAGGAGUCCCCACACCUACAGUUCAAGCUGGGCGAGCUUCCCAUCGCACGUCUGCCACUACCCGUGAUCAUCCCGGAGACGUGGACAUCCAGCAGCGUAUGCAGAAGAUUGACCUUGGUCAAGGAGCCCAAGCCGUCGGGGGCGGCGGGGGUGGAGACGCAAGCUCCGUCGUCGGCCGCGGGUCUCGCCGUGGCGGGGGACGCGUGCUCCCCGAACAAAUGACAAUAUUAAGAACUCGUCCCACGCAUGUGGAAACUAAAAAAGGAUCAUCUGGCACUGUUAUUGACCUCAUGGCCAAUUAUUUCACGGUCAAGACAACUCCACAGUGGCGUCUGUACCAGUAUCAUGUGGAUUUUGAUCCUGAGGAAGAUAGUACUGGUGUCCGCAAGGCCCUUGUCCGUGUCCAUGCUAAUACCUUUGGAGGAUAUCUAUUUGACGGUACAGUUCUGUAUACAGUAAAGCGUCUACAUCCUGACCCCAUGGAGUUAUACUCUGACCGCAAAACAGAUGGUCAAAGAAUGCGUGUAUUGAUUAAGCUGGUCCAUGAUGUCAGCCCUGGAGAUUACCAUUAUAUCCAGGUUUUCAAUAUCAUCAUUAGGAAGUGCUUCAGUCUCUUGGAUCUGCAGCUAGUCGGCAGAGACUUCUUUGAUCCACAAGCUAAGGUGGAUAUACCAGAGCAUAAACUCCAAAUCUGGCCUGGUUAUAAAACAACUAUUAAUCAAUAUGAGGACAGAUUGCUGAUGGUAACAGAAAUCGCCCACAAGGUACUCCGAAUGGACACCGUGCUGCAAAUGUUAACAGAAUAUGCGGCCACUAAAGGAGCAAAUUACAAGAAAAUCUUUUUGGAGGAUGUGGUUGGUAAAAUUGUCAUGACUGACUACAACAAAAAGACCUAUCGGAUUGACGACGUGUCUUGGGAUUCAUCUCCACGGUCCACCUUCAAAAUGAAGGAUGAAAUGGUCUCCUAUAUGGAUUAUUACCAAAAGAAAUACAACAUCCGCAUCCAAGACCAAGGGCAGCCGCUGCUGAUCUCCCGCUCGAAGGCGCGCGACAUCCGCGCCGGCAUGCCGGAGCUGGUGUUCCUGGUGCCCGAGCUGUGCCGGCAGACGGGGCUGUCGGACGCCAUGCGUGCCAACUUCCAGCUCAUGCGCGCGCUCGACGUGCACACCAAGAUCGGGCCCGACGCGCGAAUCAAGAAGCUCAUGCUCUUCAACAGGCGGUUCACGAGCUCGGCGGCUGUUGUCAAAGAACUGGGCAAUUGGUCAUUGACAUUGUCACCUGACCUGAUAAAAUUCAAGGGGCGCCAGCUCCCAACAGAAAACAUCAUCCAAGGAAAUGAACAAAAGUAUCCUGCGGGCGACACCACUGAGGGAUGGACAAGGGACAUGAGGUCCAAGAACCUUUUGUCUAUUGCUCGGGUUCAAACCUGGGUUGUCAUCACGCCUGAGAGACAGCGCCGCGACGCCGAAAGCUUUGUCGAAAUGAUUAUAAAGACUGGCAACGGCGUCGGCUUCCGCCUACCUAAACCUGAUAUUGUGACCAUUCAACGCGAUGGACACAUGGACUACGCAAACAUGUGCGAAAAUGUAAUCGCACGGAGGAACCCGCACAUGAUCUUGUGCGUUCUGGCUAGAAACUUCUCGGACAGAUACGAAGCCAUCAAAAAGAAAUGUACCGUUGACCGCGCAGUCCCAACCCAAGUGGUAUGCGCCAGGAACAUGACCAGCAAAUCGGCUAUGUCCAUCGCUACAAAAGUCGCCAUCCAGAUAAACUGCAAGCUCGGCGGCGCGCCCUGGACCGUCGUGAUCCCGCUGAAGACGAUCAUGGUAGUGGGAUACGACGUAUGCCACGACACGCGCUCCAAGGAGAAGAGCUUCGGAGCCUUUGUGGCAACUCUUAACCAGAGCAUGAGCCAGUACUACUCUACUGUCAACGCUCACACCUCUGGCGAGGAACUCAGCGCCCACAUGGGCUUCAACAUCGCUUCUGCUGUCCGGAAAUACCGAGAGAGGAAUGGUGUGCUUCCCAACCCCAUAUUUGUCUAUCGCGAUGGUGUUGGUGAUGGGCAGAUCUCUUACGUGCGCGAGUAUGAGGUGGCCGAGAUCAAGAAGAAGUUAGCGGAGAUCUACGCCGGGGCUGAAUAUAAGCUGGCCUUCAUCAUCGUGUCCAAGCGCAUCAACACGCGCAUCUUUGUGGCCCGCGGCAACACCGGCGAAAACCCGCGACCGGGAACUGUCAUCGAUGACGUGGUCACUCUGCCAGAGAGGUAUGACUUCUACCUGGUGUCGCAAAACGUAAGAGACGGCACCAUCGCUCCGACUUCGUACAACGUCAUCGAAGACUCCACGGGUCUCUCUCCCGAUCGCAUCCAGUUGCUGUCGUACAAGCUGACGCACUUGUACUUCAACUGCUCGUCGCAGGUGCGCGUGCCGUCCGUGUGCCAGUACGCGCACAAGCUGGCCUUCCUGGCCGCCAACAGCCUGCACAACCAGCCGCAUCAGUCGCUCAAUGAGACCCUCUACUUCCUUUAAAUCUUGAUGUUAGAUGUAAGUGUAGAUAGGUCAUUGUGAGUUUGCCACACAGUCGAUUGGUUACACUUUGAAUUUGGAAAACGUUGAAAGUAAACGUGAAUACGUACGCGUCAUUGAUCGCGCUCGAGGCGCCUAUGACGAAUCGACUCUGUGCAAGCCUACAAUGGCAAUACCUAGUUUUUAAGAUGCCAUAUUUAAUCAUACUUCGUCGGUGUUAGCUACGUGCGUAGUGAGACCCCCUACCAAAUAUCAUUUUGACUACCUCUAGAAGUGAUCAUAUGAUUCUCGAUCACUUUCAUUCCUAUUUGUUUUUGUUGAUUAAAACUGAUUAAUUAAGCUCGUUUUGAUAUUAAAAGACCACCGCCGUUAGUUUUUAAUAUAAUAUUUCAACCACACCAACGCGUGCAGAUCUCCAUCGCCGGCUCAAUCAUAGGGAAAUGACAGGUCGCGUGAACUGUCAUGGGUCGCGCGACCUGUCAUUGGCCUUUGUUCGCGCCGGCAAUGGCGAUCUGCACGCGUUGGUGUGGUUGAAGCCUAAGGAAAAUUGUUAUAAUUUGGAUCAAAGAUCUGAAAUUAAGAUGUGAUUGUUUAUAAAAAUAUUAACAAGCUGGCCCUAAUGAUAAGAGCGAAAUGUCUUUUUAACAGCAUGGUCCAAACAAAUGACCAUGUUAUUAAAAAUAAUCAUCCAAUAUGACGAAUUCCUUUGCUGAUUAUCAAAUUCAUUUGUGCCAGGGUGUUAAGAC